CAGAGACGCCAAAGCAGACCCCACGCCUGUCUUCCCUUGACAGUCAUCCGUAAAGAGCUGUGCCUCGUCCAUCUGCCUUAGGAUUGGACCCGACCCUGCCGCCGCCGCCGUCGGUUUACCACUCUCCAGCCCCCAAAUCUUUUCUUAGAGAGGUGUUUGAACUUAUGCCUGCCAAAGAAGAUAGCCAGAGUGACGAGGAAAGUGGGGCUCGAAGCAUCCAGGAUACCCCGGAGUACCAAUACCCAGUUGUGUUGGCCCUCUGCUGCUUCCUUCCACUGGGCUUCUUUGCCUUAUUCUUCUCUCACAAGACAAGAGUCUACAAGGAAGAGAACGAAUAUGAAAAGGCACAAGUUGCCUCGGAUCGCACCUUCGUUUUGGCCUUGACCUCCAUCAUUGUAGGAAUCUUCAUUCUUCUCUUCUUUUUUUACCGACUCUUCUUCAUUUAACCUGUCACAGCACACGGACAAACCAUCGGAUACGUACAACCGCGCCACUUAACCUCGCCAGGACACCUUCUCUUUAAUGUCUGGAGCGCCCAGCUGUUUGAGAUCAGAAAUAAAAACAGCAAUAAUAUCGUACUGUUCCUGGAGUUUGUACACUGCACUGCCCAACACUUCAGAUGUCAGACUCGACGGCAGACGCCAACUGGACAUCCUCAAACUGCAUUCAAUUCUGACACUCUUUACCUGCAACACACAAGUCUUUGUGGACUCUGCUUAUGCCAGAUGGAGAGCCAGAUGAAGGCAAGGAUGAGCCAUGCCUGGGCUGGAGGGCGUGGGCGGGCAUCAGGACACCCAGUGGAGGAGCUCUGGUCCUGGAUUUGGUGGUGUGACCAACAGGUCCAUUUUUCAAGAAAAUAAAGUGAAGCCUUCAGGACCUUUUGCCUCUUACAGUGAGUGAAAGAAGAAAAGAGAGCAAGCGGGCGUCUGCACCUCCACCGGUCCUUUUCAUUUUCGCUCACUGGAAGCCGCACUCGAGCUUGAAGAGCCGCUAUGAAAAGCCGCCUUGCUCCAAGACCUGGAAGCAAGGACCAGCCGCCGGCUCGGCAGCCGGGCACGUCUCGGCGUCGCGCUCGUGACGUCAUGUGUGGGCGCCAGCGUCGGAGAGCGUGCGGGAAGCAGGGACUGCCGCCGAGCUCUCUGACAGCCAUGGAACUAACGCAGAAAGCGCGGGAACUUAGUUGCUGGGCUGCCGAAAAGAUGGAGGUGCCCCACGCGGCCCGGCCCCCGGAGUCGACGCUGCGCAGGCUGUGUCUGGGUCAGGGGGCUGACAUCUGGGCCUACAUCGUGCAGCAUGUGCACAGUCAAAGGAGUAUCAAGACGAUCCGGGGAAACCUCCUCUGGUACGGCCAUCAGGACAAUCCAAAGGUCCGUCAGAAGUUGGAGUUGGAAGCCACUGUGGCCCGCCUGCGUGCAGAGAUCCAAGGGCUAGACCAGAGUCUGGAGCUGAUGGAUCAAGAGACUGAAGCUCAGGACAUGGCCGUGGCACAGACACUGCAGAGCCUGAAAGAUACCCAGCAUCGAACUCUUCUCCUCCAGGCCCAAGCCAGGGCUGUACGAAGACAGCAACGUGGACUGCAAGAUCCCAUGCAGAGGCUGCAGAAUCAGCUCAGGCGCCUGCAGGACAUGCAGAGGAAAGCCAAAGUGGAUGUGACCUUUGGACCUCUGGUGUCAGCAGCCCCAGCCCUAGAGCCUGAGGUGUUGCGUGAUGUCCGGACAGCCUGCUCCCUUCGGACUCAGUUCCUGCAGAACCUUCUCAUUCCUCAGGCCAGGGGAAGCAGCAUCCCAAGCCCUCGUGAGGACCACUUCGGAAGUUCCCAUCAGCAGUGGCUAAGCUCCGUUGAGACACUGCUGACAAACCACCCUGCCGGCCACAUCCUGGCUGCCUUGACGUACCUGGCUGCCGAGCGGGAGACAGAGCUCUGGUCCCGGUGUGGUGGGGAUGGGCUCAAAGAAGAGGUGAUGUCCAGGCCCCAGGCACCAGACCCAUCAAACUCCAUCCAGGCCCUGCCAUCCUCCGUUCAUCUCAUCCAGGAAGGCUGGCAGGCCGUAGGUACACUAGUUACCCAGAGGAGUGCCCUCCUGGGUGAGCGACAAGUCCUGACUGGCCGCCUCCAGAGCCUAGUGGAGGAGGUGGAGAGGCACGCUCUGGGAUCCAGUGAGAGGAAAAUGCUGCUGCUGGGACUUAGGUGCAGUGGCCUGUGGGCAGAGCUCAAAGCUCUUCAUGCCCAGAGCCAGGAACUGGGGGACGCGGUUGGGCACCGGCAACUUCUGCUUCGGGAGCUGCUGGCCAAGCAGCAGCGGAUCCUGCAGUGGCGUCAGCUGGUGGAGGAGACCCAGGAACAGAUCCGCCUGGUCAUCAAGGGAAACUCAGUCAUCAAGACCCGUCUGAGCAGGGGCCCAGAGGAGGUGCUGACUCUGAUUCAGCAGAAGGUUGUUCCCACCUCAGAAGCGGUGGCACCACAGAGCCAGGAACUGCUCCGCUGCUUGAAGGAAGAAGCCCAACACCUGCCCCACAUUCUGCUGGGUCCCCUGCUGUGGUACCAUGCCAAAGGGCUGAAGCCGCUACCCAGGAUCCUACCAUCCAUCCAUCAGCUGCACCCCACUACCCCAAGGAGUUCCAGCCUCAUCUCGCUGAGCCAUACCCUGGGGCUGCCUGUAGGGAAAGCACCCGAGCUACUCCUUCCAAAGGCUGUCUCUCUCUGCCAAGACCUUCUGUUUCUCCAAGACCAGUUGGGUCUCCGAAGAGGAAAUCUCCUUCACGUGAAGACCAGUAUGCCCCUGGGGCCAUCCACCCAGGAGCUGCUGCAGAUCCAGGCGUCUCAAGAAAAGGAGCAGAACGAGGCCAUGGGGCAGGCCCUGAAGAAGCUGGAGGACCUGAUGGAACAGGCACUGGAGCAAAUCCCCAAGCUGCAAGUGUUCGUUGGGGACUGGUGGGAGCAGCCAGGCCAAGCCGCCCUCUCUGGGGAGCUCUGCCAGGGUCUGUCCCUGCCCCAGUGGCAACUGCGCUGGGCCCAGGCCCGGGGAGCACUGCAGCAGCCAUACAAAUGAAGAGGAGGCCAGGGGCAGUCAAGAAUUGCAAUUUAGCCUGGUGGUAUGAGCCUGUUGUCUGCUCGGGAGGCCGAGGAGCCCAGGAAAGGACUCCUGUUGAUUUCUACGCCAGCCUCGGCUACACAGCAAUUUCCAAGACAGCCUAGGCUACAUAGUGAGAGCUCCUAUUUCAAAAAUAAAUAGUAUUUAACCCCCAAACUUCACCUCCCUCAAUAAAGCAUUUGAAAGAAAGUA